UUUUUCUGUGUUGACUGCCUGCAAGUCAGAAAGGACGAUAGAGGAGGACGACAGAUUGGUGGAAAAGAAAAACCACCAGAGGCAGUGCGGCUCUGCCUCACUUGCCUACCGUGACCGUACACCACUGGUAGAUGUUCCAAAUAUGCCCAGAAAAGCCAACGAGCCCUAGCUCCAAAUGACACUUGUUUGUCAGUGAGGAAAUGGAGUGAUGUCGAAGGAUCUUCCCUUUUCUUGCUGCGGUGACCAGAUGCCAUUUGCCAGCAUUCAUUCAGGCCUUUUUGUUUCAUUCUAAAUGUGGACUAGGACCACAAGACAUAUAUUUCCCAGCCUCUACGAGUGGUCAUGACCGAGCUGGGUGCAUGUGAAAAAACAAAGGAGGGGGUGCCGAAAGAAAAUUCUUGUUUGGGACAAACUAUGACUAGAGAAUGUUCAUCCAACGAAAGGGAGACUGAUAUAUUGCAAGACGUGGAUGAUGUAGCGCCUCCUUCUUUGGACACGCCAUGUAGCAGUAAUAUUUGCUCCUUUUCAAAUGAGAAUCUGUCCAAAGGAUUGAUACUAUCCAAUCCUGACUUUAUAAACAGUUGGAUUCAAGAGCAAACAGAAGAAACAGAAGUGAAAAAUAACUAUGUACUCUCUGGAGAAUCCAGCUCAGAUAAAAUGUGGAAUGGAAAACAAUCACUAUCGACGACUCCUUAUACACCCAUCAGAGGGCACUGCAAUAGGGUAGAGGCGCAGCGAGGUGCAAUGGAAGAGGCUAAUCCUUGCAGUGUUUCUGAUAUUUUCAACAUUAUACAGUCAAUACAUUCCAAACAUCCAUUAUCUUGCCAAGAAGCAGAGUUAGCGUCAUUAUUUAUAGACAUAGAUGACUCAAUAAAGCAGUUGAACCAACUGGUUCUGGAUUUGGACCCCACCUUUGUUCCUUUUCCCACUGGCUGUGUCCCCCUGUCACGAUCCACCACCGUCAAAAACAGAGGCCUCAGUGAGAACAGAAAUACCCAUCUGACUGGCUGGAAGCAGAAGAAGCAGAUCAGUGAUAUGACUGACCACUCUUGUCUUUGCACGCUCAACAUAGGAGUUCAUGGUCUUGAAUCAGGAAGGGAAAGAGCUCAAUGCUUGAGGCACUACCUGGUCAGCACUCCUUCCCAUUUGGCAUCACAGGACAAGUUUCAUUGUGUUGUCUACAGCGACCAAAGUGAUAGCUUUGAAUCUGUCCCAUCAACUCCAGCCUUUCCAGUGUCUCCUUCAACGCCUUAUGUGGAACACUGUUCAGAGUUUUCACAUAUCAGGUCUGUUGAGCAGUGGGCCCAACACAGCUGGACACAAGAGUCCAGAAGUUUCCUCGAUAGUGCAAACCCUACCGGUAGCUCUAUUGAUGGCGAGCUGUUCAGAUCAGAUGUGUCUAUAAGCUCUGCUUCCUGUCCUCGAGUAUUUGGUUCCAUGUGUUCUGUGUCAUCAAGCAGCCCCCUUUUACACAGAGACAGCUGCACGCCGCCACCACCACCACCUGUGUUCCAACAGCAAAAUUCGAAUUCUCCCCAGCCCUCGAUUUCUGUCAAGCACAGCACUCAUAAUGCUCACAGUUCACUUCUGGGGCAUCUGGGUGUGGCUUCUGGGACCUCCAGGGAGGCAGAUAGCACAGACUUGUCCUCGUUAUUGCCGGUAAAUGGCAAUCUAGAGCACACCCUGCCGGAGGCUAUGGGCGACCUCAGGGUCCUUAAUCAUGGUGGAAAUGAUGACCUCCUGUCACUGUUGCCUGAAAAGAGGAGAAUGGGUGACCUUGGAUCCUGCUUGCCUUCUUUGAGGGUUUUUUCCAGUCCUCACAUCGAAAGCCUUUCUUUCUCAUCACUGACCCUGGACGCUUUCAAAGGUUUCAGUGGGACCACAUCUCCUGGAGCAGAGUUUGGGACUAGGCAGGACACUGUGAAGUUUGUUCAGGACACUUCCAAGUUCUGGUACAAGCCUGAAAUUUCCAGAGAUCAAGCUAUUUCAGUGUUAAAGGAUAAAGAACCAGGCUCUUUUAUUGUCAGAGACAGUCAUUCAUUUCGUGGGGCUUAUGGAUUGGCAAUGAAAGUAGCCACUCCUCCUCCAAAUGUGCUGCAUCAAAGUAAAAAAGUCGGAGAUCCAUCCAAUGAGCUGGUGAGACAUUUUCUGAUAGAGUGUACACAAAAAGGUGUCCGUCUUAAAGGCUGCCCCAAUGAGCCAUUGUUUGGGAGCCUCACUGCUCUGGUGUGUCAGCACUCCAUCACACCUCUGGCUCUGCCCUGCAAACUCAUUCUGCCUGACAGAGAUCCAUUUGAGGAUAUGAGUGACUCCCAUGCAAAGACGGUGACAAACUCAGCAGCUGAGCUUCUAAAGCAAGGAGCAGCAUGUAAUGUGUGGUACCUUGGAUCUGUGGAAUUGGAGUCUCUAACGGGACACCAGGCAGUGCAGAAAGCUACCACGGUGAUACUCAGCACAAAUCCUCCAUCAGCCUCAACUGUUGUCCACUUUAAGGUGUCAGCGCAAGGCAUCACACUCACAGACAACCAGAGGAAGCUAUUUUUCAGAAGACACUAUGCUGUCAGUAUAGUAAUUUUCUGUUCCUUGGACCCACAAGGCAGGAGAUGGACUAUUGGCAAUGGUUCUACCGCAAAGAUAUUUGGGUUUGUCGCACGGAAAUCUCAGCGUGAGACUGAAAAUAUUUGCCAUCUUUUCGCCGAACACGACCCGGAGCAGCCAGCGAGUGCUAUCGUCAACUUUGUAUCAAAGGUCAUGAUUGGGUCGCACAAGACAUGAGGAGAAAGUGUCACAAAUGAGAAAAGUAAAAUUCCCACGUCACACAUUAGGAUGCCGGGAUGCACAAGUCAAUACCUGAAGAAUAAUAUGAGCAGCGAACAACAAUUUAAGUGCAAAAGUCUAACACUCAAGCAUAUGCUUUAUGCUCUUAGGGAGUGUUGGAUCAGGAUGAUGCCGUUAGAGGGAGCUGACGUUAUCGUGUGUGCUGUGAACUUAUCAUCACUCAUCAUGAAACUAUGGACCUGCUAAUAAAGACUUGUCGGAUAGAUUGGACAAUUUAGCACUGAAGUGCUACGGUUACUUUUCUUGUUAAUAGCCACAGGAAGCAGUAGUCAGGAAUAACAUAAUUAUAGUUGAUCGAUACAAAUGUUUUACCAUUUAAAGACUUAUUUAAUGCAGAAAGGAGGGGAACAACUUUAAAGACUAUCUUUUUUACCUUGUUUAUCAAUGUUUUUUCUUUGUAUUUCUACUUCAAAAACCAUUUAUCCAAAUGUGUUAGAAUAGUUUCCCUUUACUUUAUUAGUCACAAACUGUAUUUUUGUACAUAAACAUAUGAUCUACAUUAUGACAAAUUAUGUACCUCAUCAUUUGUGCUAUCAUGUGUUUUUAAUGUAUCUGAUAGCGUAGCUGAUUAAAACAUCACUUUAUUUUCAUAGUUCACUUUUCAGUGAAAUGCAUUACAUUGUAAAAAUUGCCGAAAUGCUUUCCUACCUUACACAGGUUUCAACACUACAAUUCCACAAAAUAGCAUUUGCUUUUUGGUUGUAACAUGUCUUCAAACAUAGAGAAAAUAUAACUACCUUCACUUUUCCUGUUUGGUUGUUUGGGAGAGGGCCCUUAAUUUCAAUGAUUCGAUGCCAGUUACUGGAUUGCACAGAGCACAAACAAAUAAAUAGAGGAAAAGGUUAUAGAACAUCAUUUCUGUCAAACCCAAAAGUAAAAGUUUGUUUUGACUCUGUCCUCAAUAACUUGUAUGACAAUGAAGUUACUGACUCAUUCGAACCUUCUUCAUACAGACACACAUACAAAAUGGGCACAAAUCUAGACAAAAAUGACCCAUAUUUUGUCCAUGUAAAAACAGGAAUAAAAUGGUGCCUGACUUCAUUUGAA